CGCGACCGAGUCGAAAAACGGCGUGAGGCACCGCGAGUCGCUCAGUCGGUGCUGUUUCGCCAAACGAAGCGCAGCAACUAUCGCGGCGCCAACGAUAACGAUACCCGUGGCAAAACUCGCAUUUUAACCAUGAGCACCCUCGGUGUCCGCAGGCCCGAGAUGGACCUGUCCAGGAUCCCGCCGUCCACGCACGGCCACGACUUCCACUGCGGCCUCAGCAGGGUGGUCAUGGUGCGCAAGACCGAGCAGAGGACUUUUGUUCAAGCUAAAGCCGGAGCGGCUCCUCAAUUGGAAACGGUUACCAGGGAGACUGUGGAGACCUUCAGCGGAGGUCGAAGGGUCACUACGUCUGAGAAGAGAGACGUGCAACCUGCCCCACCUGACGCGCUUCUCCUGCCUAGAUCCAAUGGCCACAGCAAGAGCAUCAGUCCUCGAUCGUCCGUUAGUCCGAUGGAGCCGCGAUCACCGGGCAACACUCUCGACCGAACCCCGACCAUUCCGCGAGCCAAAUCCGACUACCGCAUCAAGAGUCGCAAAGACUCGACCAACGACGGCUACGACGAAGAUUUCGCCCUCGAGUGCUUAAGGGCGCACAACGAGUUCCGAGCCAAACACGCCGCUCCACCCCUGCGCCUCAACAAGAAGCUGUGCAAGCACAGCGCUGACUGGGCACGCCGCUUGGCCAGCAGGGGCCACCUCGAGCACCGACAAAACUCCGACUACGGCGAGAACAUUUUCUGCAGCUGGUCCUCAAGUCCGAACCACACAGUCACCGGACGAGAGCCCGUCGACAACUGGUAUUCGGAAAUCAAGGAUCAUCCUUUUGGAAAGGAACCAAAGAACCUGAAGUCAGGCCACUUCAGCCAAGUGGUUUGGCGCGACAGCAGGGAACUCGGAGUGGCCGUCGCGCACAGCAGAAGUGGGCAAAUAUUUGUGGUCUGCAACUACCUGCCCCCUGGAAACUUCAUUGGCAGCUUUUCUGAGAACGUUCCGCCGCUUGGUGGGUUCCCGAAGGACAGACUGAUAUCUCCUGGAUCUGAGAGUGAUGCCAGCAGUAUUGACUCUGAGGAAUUCGUCAAAGAUGGCCUCAAAGUGCACAAUGACUACAGGAAGAAGCACGGCGUACCUGAACUGAGCCUCAGUGAUGAUCUAUGCCAAUAUGCAACAGAGUGGGCAAAAACGCUUGCCAAAGAAGACCGUUUUGUGCACAGGCCGGACGUCAAGUACGGCGAAAAUAUUUUCUCAGUCUGGUCAUCGGACUCGACGGUGUCAGCCAAAGAAGCCUGCGACUACUGGUAUAAAGAGAUUCGCAACCACACUUUCGGCAUGGAACCCAAAAUUCUGAUGACUGGUCACUUUUCGCAAAUGAUCUGGAAGGCGAGCAAGGAGCUGGGACUGGGAUUUGCCCGAGGCAAGAACGGUCGCAUCUUCAUCGUGGCCAAUUAUCAUCCCCGUGGCAACGUGAUGGGCCAGUUUGUGGCCAACGUGCCCCGACCCGUCUGAACGUCGCUACGACGCGGCCCGUCCUAUCGGGGCCGCGUCGACCACAAUGCGACUCAGCCACGUGUGAUUUUCCUGCACUAGGACACGACAUUCCGUAAUUGGCUCCGCAUUGUGUAGUUCUUUCCUAGAAACACUUUCCAAAGUAGAAUAUUAAGAAUUUAGACGAAAACAAAAUUGUAACAAAAACAUUUGAACGCUGAAGUGAUUUGUGAAAAAUGUAUGGCCAAAAAAAUUGUAUUGAUUGGUGGUAUUUCCAAGCUCAUCUUUUCAGCUGUGUGUUUUUAAUAAUUUAAAAUUGUUGUAAACCUUUUUCUAAUUCUUUUAUAAAAUUCUACUGAACGCGCAAUGGUCAGCUAUUUGACCAAUGUUAAUUUAAAACUUAGGAAUUGAUUAAAUUAACAAUCUUCGAAUAUGACUUAAAGUUAAUUUCAAUUUAUAUUAAUUUUAAAUUAUGUGAUAAUGUGAAAAUGACAAAAUUAUAAAGUUGAUUUGAUCCCAGAUCUAGUUAAUAAUUAUAACCAUAAAUUGUAACCAUCCAACAUGGAUUAUCUGCACAUAUUGUAUUAUAGCUUCCAGUUGUUGCACAUGAAAAUCAAGCUAAUCAAAAGAAGCUUCCUAAUAAUUGAUGUUUUUGCGAAUUAUUUAUGAUUGGCACUGUCGGUGUUGAAAAUUUUACCAAGCUGUGAUAAAUCGAAUUUUGCAAUGGAAUUUUUCCUCGUCCAGACGGAAUCUACUGUUUUGCAAUUUCAAUUUCUAUAUUAAUAAUUAAUGUAGCUGAGAAAAAGAAAUCAUGUCUCCAUUAUCAGCUUUAUUUGAUGAUUUUAUUGACGAAUUUUUCAUGUUAUAAUUAACAACAAACAAUAAAUCAGGCGUGUUUGUGCCACACAAAAUGAUGAUUGGUU